CCCCGCCCCGCNGCCGCCGCCCGGCGUCCCCGCAAGCGCUCCACCAUGGGCAGUCCUGUGUUCACCUUAUAAAGAUGGCGGUGCGGGAUCGCUGCAACCUUUAGACUAAUGACUGUCCGAAACAUCGCCUCCAUCUGUAAUAUGGGCACCAAUGCCUCCGCUCUGGAAAAAGACAUCGGCCCAGAGCAGUUCCCAAUCAAUGAACACUACUUUGGAUUGGUCAACUUUGGAAACACAUGCUACUGUAACUCCGUGCUCCAGGCUUUGUACUUCUGCCGGCCAUUCCGUGAGAACGUGUUGGCAUACAAGGCCCAGCAAAAGAAGAAGGAAAAUUUGCUGACGUGUCUGGCAGACCUUUUCCACAGCAUUGCCACACAGAAGAAGAAGGUUGGCGUGAUCCCACCAAAGAAGUUCAUCUCGAGGCUGAGAAAAGAGAAUGAUCUCUUUGAUAACUACAUGCAACAGGAUGCUCAUGAAUUUUUAAAUUAUUUGCUAAACACUAUUGCCGACAUCCUACAGGAAGAGAAGAAACAGGAAAAGCAAAAUGGAAAAUUAAAAAAUGGCAACAUGAAUGAACCUGCAGAAAAUAAUAAACCAGAACUCACCUGGGUCCAUGAGAUUUUUCAGGGAACGCUCACCAAUGAAACUCGAUGUUUGAACUGUGAAACUGUUAGUAGCAAAGAUGAAGAUUUUCUUGAUCUUUCUGUUGAUGUGGAGCAGAAUACGUCUAUUACCCACUGUCUGAGAGACUUCAGCAACACAGAAACUUUGUGUAGUGAACAGAAGUAUUACUGUGAAACAUGCUGCAGCAAACAGGAGGCCCAGAAGAGAAUGAGAGUGAAAAAGUUGCCCAUGAUUUUGGCACUGCAUCUAAAGCGGUUCAAGUACAUGGAGCAGCUCCACAGGUACACCAAGCUGUCCUACCGCGUGGUCUUCCCACUGGAACUGCGGCUCUUCAACACCUCCAGUGAUGCCGUGAACUUGGACCGCAUGUACGACCUGGUUGCUGUAGUGGUUCACUGUGGCAGUGGUCCUAAUCGUGGGCAUUAUAUUACUAUUGUGAAAAGCCAUGGCUUCUGGCUUUUGUUUGAUGAUGACAUUGUAGAGAAAAUUGAUGCCCAAGCUAUUGAGGAAUUCUAUGGGUUGACAUCAGAUAUAUCAAAAAAUUCAGAAUCUGGAUAUAUUUUAUUCUAUCAGUCAAGAGAAUGACUUAAAGAGCUGUAGGACUAAUUCAAGUGGGGGAAAUGUUCAAAGCACUAGUACCCAGUUUCUCUGCAGACUUUCUUCUUCCCCAUUGGUCCACCAGUGGUAUUAAUCCAAGUGUCAACGGUCUGGCUAUUGGACUCUCUCCUCCUUUGUUUUUUUACAUGCAGCACUACGUGUGGUUUUAUUUUCAUCUGAGGUAGAGUUAACUGCAAUCAGAUUGUGGUAAGAUUUACAUGAAUAACAGUUGCUAAUUUCAGGAUGGGGUAAAUGCUAUGUCACUGGCUAUGUCUUGCUGAAUUAGAAUGACAUUUCCUGCAAAUGUCUACAGUUUAUUUUGGUUUUUUUCUGAACUUCCUAAAUGGCUUCCAGGGUGUCCUGUCAGUGCAUUGCUUUAACUUGUCCCUGGAGACAUUGCCACCCAUUUUUAGCUUCUCUGCCUCUUUUCUGACAGAAGGACUGAAGAACUGAGUAGGUGUUCACCUUUUAGGGCUGCCGCUAUAGCUUUAAGUUUGUGCAAAUGAAUUGUUUAAAAGUGAGUAACCUCCAUACUGAAACCAUCCUUCAGGUGGAACAGCAAGGAGUUGUUCACCGCAGUUGUGUCAGCCUAGGCUGUGCUCAUCUAGCCUCCAGGAUUCUGGGAGCUGCGAUGGUGUGGAGCGCAGGGCAGCCAAAGCCAAGAGGAGGGAGCUUCUGUGGACAGCGAAAAGUCACUGUUUUAAUCUUUCUACCAAAACCAAGUUUGAGGAAAAUAAAUGUGCUGCUUCUAGUGGCACUUUUCUUCUGUAAGGUCCUGUGAGUUGUGCUGUCCCUUCUCUGGCACUGCUAAGCUUUCCAAGGUAUCUUCCCAGUCACCCUGGUGUCCCUCAGGCUGUGGUCGUACGGUUGAGACACCCUGUGGCUGCACAGCUCUGCUGAGCCGGUCAGUACCAACAUCAUCGGGAAGAGGGGAGGCUCUGCACCUCCACCACCAUCAGCCGCCUUGUACAACCUCCCUCACUGAACAUUCCAGCCUGUUAACUGAGGCCCUGACAAGUCCCAGGGCUAAGAGGGAGCCCUCCCCAGAGGCAGUGCUGGAGCUAGCUGGGUAUGAAGGUGGGUCAAAGGAAGUGUCCGCGGGCAGGUGCAGGAACGAACAAGAUGAUGGCGUUUCUUUGGCUCAGACUCCUAGAAUGCUUGACAAGGUGGAGUUUUUUGGAAGAACCUCAUCUCAUCGUAGUAACUUGUACCAUUUUCACUUUUGUUAUAUAUGUAUUUAUUAGAACAUCUGAUUAUUGGUACCUUUUAUUAAAAGGGUUGGUUUGGUGUUUUACGUUAAGCUGGUUUUGGUUUCCUACAAACACUCCUGAGUCGUAGAUCUUGGUUGCUUCCUUUUGGAAGUCAGUUGAUGUCCAUACCCUGUAACAUACUGUGAACCUAUUGUUACCUUAAUAAAUCAGCAAACGAACAUGCAAAUGUUUGGCAUAAUGUGAACUGAAGUUGAAGUUGGAAAUGUUAGUGGUCAUUUUGCAACAAUUAUGAGCAUAGCACUUUAUCUAGAUGAAAACUGGAUUUCUUAUCUUUGAAAUAUCUCGAACAGUUAAUUGCUCAGAAUUUAAGUAUGCCAACAACUCAUUUUUUCACACUUAAAGUGAAAUGUUUUACUCUUUACUGGAGAAGAUAAAAACAGGGUGAUCUUCACAUUAUUGUUUUGUACAAAUGAUGAAAACAUACCUUGCUUUAUUUAGAGGCAAAUUCUUAUUUAUAAAUAUUUUGUCUUUUUUUUCCUCCACUAAGCAUAUUCAGUAAUCACUUACCUAGAAGGUGGUAUUUAUUCUGUUUUUAAGGAGAGACACUUGCCAAUUGAAGGUCAUUGAUUUAGGGAACUAUUUGUACUAUAUAUAACCCAUAUAUUUGAUUGAAGGUUGCAAAUUUUAAAAGAAUGAUGGUUGAUAUCUUAUAUAUUUGGCACUGAUUCAUAAGAAAAAGUAUUAAAGUUAUCUUUGAAAUUACUCUUGAAGCUAAUUUAUUAGGGGAAAAAGUUUCAAUUGGAAGCAUAGAGAAGUAAUAUCUAAAUGCCAAAUCAUAAAUUCAGUACACUUUUUUUUAAAUGCAAAGCUAUUUGCAAUGACUUAACUAAUUCCAUUUAAUAGAAAGGGUCAGUUAAAAUUCAGUAUUCAUGGGCAGAUUUUUUAAAUAAAAAGAUAAGUAUAGAAGAUCAUGCAAGACAUUAAAAUGGUUGUGUGAUACAGGAAAAGGAGGUUGGGAAAAGACCAAAUUGCACUUACCCACUGAUGCUCCAUCAGUUUUUUAAACUUUAGAGCUGACAAUUUCUUCCUCUCCUCUCCUCUUCAAUAAAUGAAACAAAACACUAGGCAGCUACAUUUCCCACCCCCACUCCCCCAGCCAUUUCACUUUGUGUAAAGACAGAGCAUGCAAACACUUUUUCAUUUUUCAUUGCUCACACAGAGCAGAGAACGCUGUGGGUUCUGUGGGGCCAUUCUGAGGUCAGUGGCAGCACAAAGGCCCAGCAGUGUCCCCUCCAACAGCCAGGGUACUCAUGUGUCAUUUUCUGGCAGGAGUGAGUAGGCCUGCUGUAUUUCUAACUGGUGGGUGUUUUACACUUAAAAAAGAAGUAUUUGCUUUAUUGGUUACUAGUUUGCAUCUAGAUUAUGGUACAUUACAUUAAAAAGGCAUUUGUUUGAAGUUUUGAUAAAAUUCUGACAUCCAGUCCUAUCAUGUCGAUGCAUUUUACAUUCGGAGGCGCCGUGAAGUGGACGGGCUUGAAGAGAGCCAGGGAGCAACGCAAGAGGGUGUUGCCUGGAAUAGGAAGCCAGGCAUACUUGGUCCUAUGGCUUGGUAUAUUUUGGAUUUCAGAUGAAAUGGAAAAAAAUGACAGAAAUAGUCCCUAUGCAUAUAUUUUCAUGGAUACCCUGGAUUUCAUGGGCAUGCCUAACAGUGAACUAUGUUCUAACUGGAGCUUAGGGCUUAUUUUAGAUAUUGGAGUGUAGCUUUAUUACAGAUGGAUUUUAUCUUAAAACAUUGCAUUUUGAUCAACUUUGUAUAUUCAUGUGUAUUAAAAUACUGUGCAGUAAAUGUUUUGCCCUUAUUUGCCCUUAUAUGGUCAAGGCAUUUAUUGGCACUAUUGUGAUUCACUCAUGUAAAUGGCAUGGGUUGGAGAAAAUUGUUUCCUACAUUUCUGCCUAAUUGUUUCCCAGUAUUACAUUAAUUUAUUUUUGGCUUCCAUUUCUGUAUAACCAAAAUAGUUACUGUAUUUGUGUGGCAUUUGAUUUUGUUGCUUAAAAAACAGUUGUUUUUAUUUAAUCUAUACCCUAAUUUUUUUAAUGUAACCAAUUUAAGCACUUUAAGCAAUAAUGUCAAUCUUGUGAAAUUUCAAUCAGUUUAACACCCUGCCUCUAAAAUUGUUUGCCAAAAAAUAAAUAAAAUAGGAAUUCUCUUGCUAGAGAAUUACAUCUGGGUAAUGUUACACACAUGAACUUAAAAUCCUUUUUAUAAAAUGUGAAUUACUGGCAAGUCUCAUGUCCACGUAAUCAUUCCAAACUUAAUUUUGAAGCCAUGGAAAUGUAAAGAACAUUUUGGUCAUUGUAAUAUAUAAAGGUGGUGCUACUGUCAAGGUUGAUAAAGUCAGUAUUCUGGAGAUAACUCACUACUUUUUUGAGUGAGUAAGAUGAACAGAAUUAGUCCAGAAACCUGAAUUUGGGGAAUAGCAAAUGGAGGAUAUCAGUGAAACAAAAGACUCAGGAGAAGCAUAUUAAGCAUCACAGUGAAUUGCUUAGGUGGGACUUUGCCUUUAAAAAUAUCCUUGACCAGUUAUAGAAUAAGAUACAGUCCCAAAAUAAGGGCCUGUAAUUUUUCAGCUGUGUGGACCUGGCCCUGGUGGACUGACAGGUGCAGGCUUCUGGGCAGUUUGAGCUUAAGGGCCCCCCAGCUGGAUGCAUGCCAGCAGGGGGCAGGUGCUGGGCCUCAUCCUGUGGUCUUGGGGUGUGGCCUCCCAGGGUGGGGACUCAAGCUUACUGUUAAAUUGCUAAAUGCUUUUCCCCCCAACCAGGCACUUCAGGGGAUUCAUGUGUGGGCAGGUGACUGAUCUGAAUGCAUUUGCCUGGGCCCAAUUAUGUGAAUACAAACCCACAAGCCAGGAGAGGGACAAUGUGUCAUUAAGACUCCAGUUUCUGUCCAUCUUCUCUGGAGGCAAUUCAGUUGAACCUGUCUGAGCUGGAACAGAGUUUUGUUGGGAAAGCCACAAUAAAGUCACAGAAAAAUCACCAUCUGCCAUGAAGACUGUAGGAAAAUGCUUGUCUUUUCUAGGCCUUGAUUUGCCCGUCUGUCACAUUGGGUGUGUAAGGUCUUCUGUCACUGCCAGUGGAACACAAUUGCUGGAGAAUGAGAAGUAUUCUCCAUUUAUCCAAAUUUCCCUCCCUCUCUGUUCAUUGACAUUUAAACCACCUUUAACAGAGAAUGAAGCCUUCCAUUUCCAUUGACUUAUAUUUAUAAGAAGAUAAAAUACUUGCUUAAAAUAUUCCUAAUGUUUUUUUCUUGAGAGAAGAUUUUGAUUAUGGGGUAGUACUAAAGACAAACCACUUAGACUUGUCUGAGAGAAGCAGAAGUGUUGAGAUUGCUAAUUAAAUGAUUAUUUAGCACUUAUUAUGUGAGGCAUUGUGCUGGGAGGCGGUGGGUAAAAAGGGGAAGCAGAUAGGAUACUUCUGGUUUCCUGCCUCAGGCAAAAAAAAUGUCUGUGGGAAAGAAACUGGAGACACCGUGUGGAGGGAAUCCAUCACAGUUGAGCAUGGUGUGUUGAGCCUGGGUCUUACCCAGCAGGUGGGCACUGUUUCAGAUGGCCACUGGCAGGUAAGGCAGGCUGCUCCCCUUUUUGUUUGGAUCCACUUCUUAGGCCCCCACUUUCCUCCCUGCCUGCUCUCUGUGUUGCAUUAGCCUGCUCUUAGCUCCUUCUAGGGUCCUUUAAAAACAACGUGUAAAUCCAUUUUGUUGCCACAUGGACUUCAACAUCUUGCCUCUUCUCAUGUUACAAGAGCCAGAAUGCUGAAAGUCUUAAUAGUGGAUUUUAUGAGUAGAAAUAUCCAAACUUUACAAUAUUACCAAAUUAUUAGAGCCUAUCCAGACUUAUCGAAGUCAAUCAGGGCAUGAGAGUUUUUAAACUGUGGCUGCUGCUUUUAUUGGCUUACCAACCUGCGUUCCCUGUUUUGGGUCCUCCUAGGCUUUGAUAGUGCUCUCCACAAAGCACACUAAGAGCUUACAAACAAAUGAAAAGUAACUUCAUCUUGGUUAUGAGACAUCGGAGUCAGAAACAUUAGAUUUUGUAAAAAGCAUUCCUAAUUAUAUGUUCCUUUCCCAUAUGGUGAUUCAUAAAUAAAGUAUUUAUUAACAA